CCAGAAAAGUUUCUUCAUUUGUGAUAUGCAGAGGUGAGGAACAUGCAUCGAACUUCUACGUAUGCCACAUCAAUAACUUGGUUUUAUUGAAUGCCUCUUAGUUCCUCCUCACUGGUGAGAUGGGUGGAGUUAAUCGUAACUCCAAUAAUUUUAAGGUUGCUACUUGUUCAAGUAGAAGAAAGAUGAAAUUCAGCAUACCUUUUCUUCCUGAAGAGAUCAUAUUUAACAUCCUGCUUUGGUUACCUGCUGAGGUUCUUUACAAUGUGAUGAGGUAUGUUUGUCGAGAUUGGUAUAAUAUGAUCAGUGACUCUGGUUUUAUUAAAGCACACCUUCAAAAUUCAACUGAUGCCCUAUUAAUUGAUAGUUGCCACAUUUCAAAUUCGGCCUCUCUUGUGGAGAUCCACAACUGUGAUGUUAAGAUAAGAAAGUUAAGAUACAGGUUUCUUCGGCAUUGUUAUGGUAGUUGUGAUGGGUUAGUUUUCUCUCGCCACGAUAAUAUAUACUAUGUUGCAAAUCCUAUUACGAAGCUACUAGUGACCCUCCUGCCGUUUUUUAAGACAAGUUAUAUAUGUUGUCCUCGAUUAACAUAUGUUCGCUCUACCGGGAGAUACAAAGUGAUAAUUAUCAUCCGUUAUGAAAACAAGGACUAUUUCUGUUUAAUAUUAACUAUUGGUACUGAUAAUGAUUGGAGAUUGAUAGAUACUAAUCAUUUGCCAAACUUUAAUCGGUAUUUGUUAUUAUGCAAGUCAUUUUCAACUGAAGGGUAUAUUUAUAUUACUAGUAAGAGUGCUUCUCAUCUCUUUGCUUUGGAUGUCGAAGCUGAAAUAUUUCACCAGUUUCCUGUUCCAAAUGUCUACCACAACGCAAUAAGAGAUACUUAUAUAGUGUGGAAAAGCUUUCUAGCUUGGGUGGCUCAUUGUGGUGAAUUUGUUUGGGAGCUGUGGGCCUUGACCGAAUUGAAUACAGGAGGAUGGACCAGGGCUUUUAGCAUUGACAUGAGGGGUCAAAGAUGCAUUAUUGAGCAAAUAUUUGAUGUCCCGAAUGGUAAUUCGUCUUUGGAUAGUUACUUAUUAGAAAAGAAUUGGUCUUCUCGUUAAAAAAUGGAGAGCUGGUGAUCUUUCGUGGUGUAGAUCCCUUCAAAACA